CUUGCGGCCGACGACUCCUUGCUCAUCGUCACCCACGACGACCACGACCCGUACUGACACGGCCUCUCACUGCCAGUCGUGAUGAGCAACGAAUAUCCACCCUUGGCUCUUGAUGACCUUGUUCAUAUCAUGUCCCUCUCCCCGGCGCCACCACUGGCAACACUGGAUGACUCUCAACUACCCCUCCGGCCCAAAACCACAUCUCCCAGGCCCCAAAUUGACAAUGGCAUACGAGAGGUGCGCAUGAAUAUCACGGAAAUGCAUGAUCUUGAUGGAGGGGAGAAAGAGCUACCCGAUAUGGUGGUGAGGGAAACUGGUAUCGUGAAUCCUGACCCAGAGCAAGUCAUUAGACAGGCUGAGAUUAUAUCCUGCCUAAUUGCCCAGCGCGAUAUGCUUGUGCGACAGGCAGAGGAGCAGAGAUUGCGGUGGAACUCAGAGAAGGAUGGUUGGGCACGGAUGGCCGAAGCACUUAUUACACAGCAGGCCAAGCACAGGAGCUCGUCUGACAAGGAUGAAGUAAGUAAUUUUUCUCUCCUUUUAGAGAUGUUGGUUUAGCAAGACUGCAUGUUCGUCUUGAUAAAUCACUUUUCACGCCAAUUACUCGGCCACGAUAUUAC